CUUGACCCCACUUGGGGGUACUGCAUUGCAGUGGCUCCAGUCCUUCCUUGAGGACCGUACCCAGAAGGUGUUGAUAGGGGACAGCUGUUCGGCUCCACAACCGUUGUCUUGUGGAGUCCCACAGGGUUCAGUACUGUCCCCUUUGUUGUUUAACAUCUACAUGAAGCCGCUGGGUGAGAUCAUCCGGAGUUUUGGAGUUCGGUGUCAUCUGUACGCAGAUGAUGUCCAACUCUAUCACUCCUUUUCUCCAGCUUCCAAGGAGGCCGUCCAGAUCCUGAACCGGUGCCUGGCUGCUGUGUCGGACUGGAUGAGGGCGAACAAAUUGAAGUUGAAUCCAGACAAGACAGAGGUCCUCCUGGUCAGUCGUAAGGCCGAACAGGGUAUAGGGUUACAGCCUGUGCUGGAUGGGGUCGCACUCCCCCUGAAGGCGCAGGUUCGCAGUUUGGGUGUCCUCCUGGACUCAUCGCUGAGCCUGGAACCCCAGGUUUCGGCGGUGGCCAGGGGGGCCUUCGCACAGCUCAAACUUGUGCGCCAACUGCGCCCAUACCUUGGGAAGCCUGACAUGGCCACGGUGGUCCACGCUCUGGUUACAUCUCGUUUGGACUAUUGCAAUGCGCUCUACGUGGGGUUGCCUUCAAAGACUGUUUGGAAGCUGGAACUAGUCCAACGUUCCGCAGCCAGGUUAUUAACUGGAGCGCCGUACAGGGAGCAUACAACUCCUCUGUUGAAGCAGCUUCACUGGCUGCCUGUUAGCUUCCGGGCACAAUUUAAAGUGCUGGCUUUGGCCUACAAAACCUUAAACGGCUUUGGUCCAACUUACCUCUCCGAACGUAUCUCCCCCUAUGAGCCGCCCCGCAGAUUAAGAUCUUCCAGUGAGGCCCUGCUCUCAGUCCCGCCACUGUCACAGGUGCAUUUGGCUGGAACGAGGGACAGGGCUUUUUCGGUGGUGGCUCCGCGGCUGUGGAACUCCUUGCCAAGGGAGAUUAGGGAAGCCCCUUCACUCAUGUCUUUUAGGAAGCAGCUGAAGACCUGGACGUGGGACCAAGCUUUUGGCCCAUCCUAAGAUACGGUCGAUAUAAUCUGAUGUAUUCGCUGGAUUAAUGUGUAAUUGAAUACAGACUGGCUCUGACUUUUGGCCCAAUGCUACUGGCCCUGUUGUAAUGGCCACACAGUGCUUUACUGUUUUAAAUGGGGUAUAAUAUUGGUUUUUAAGUGUGUUUUUACGAUUGUUUGUUUUACUAUAUUUUGUAUUAUAUGUGGCAUUAAUCUUGCCAUUAUGUAAGACCGCUCUGGGUCCCCCUGGGGGAGAAGAGCGGUAUAUAAAUUAAAUUAAUAAA